UGUGUGCAUAGGUUUAGGUGCAUUCAUAGGAUUUAUAAACACUUUACUUUAAUACUAGUAUCUAGUAUAACUAAAUUGUACUGAAAGUGAAAGCGUAGUGAUAAUUUUUUCCUUUAAUAUGGAAAAGAAAGGAAAACAUAUGAAGAUUCCAAAGAAAGGAAAGAACGGAACUGAAAAAUCAUUUGAAGAUACUGUCAGUGAAUCAGACUUUGUGGAAGACGAACAUUCAACAAAUACAUUAGAUGAACACAGAAAGGCUCUGUUGGGGAAUUUUGGUAAAGAUAUUUUGGAGGCCGCUGUUGAUGUUUUGAGAGAUGAAUUUAUGCAUAUUGCAAUCGAAGGAGGCCGAUAUGGUGCAAAACUUGCCUUACUUGGCAAAGAUCUAGUUGAAAGUCAUAAACAAGAAAUCGAGAAAAAAGAAAGUGAGCUUUUCAAACUAAAAAGAGAAAAAAGAGAGCUCGAAAACGAACUACAAAGGCAAAAAGUAAAGAACGAUAAAUUAGAAACGACAAUCAAGCAAAAAGAAGAGGAAAUAAAAAAGAAACAAGAUGAAAUAGAUAAAAUGAAAAGAUUGAUGAAAAAGAAAGAAAACGACUUAGCGACCGAACAAAGGGCACACAAUCAAAGAGAAGAUGCCCUUAAGUCUGAGCUACAAAAGUUGAAGAAAAAAUACAAUGAUUUGAGCGGUAAACAUCUGGCGAAAAAAGCUUCUGGUAACAUUGCAAAGGAAGAGCUCUCAAAACUACGUCAGAAAAUAACAGAACUUGAACAACAGCUGGAACAGGCUAAUGCAAAGAAAAAAGUAUUGAAAUAGUCAGACAAAUUUUAUUCAUUUUGAAAAUUGCAUUUGCAGAUACGGCAGUAGUCCGCUUGUUUUCCUAAAAACUUCCUUUUCAAACAAAUGUCACUGACAUAUUCGCAGUAAUUUCUUAUCAUGUUUUUUUUAUAUAAAGAAACACAGUAUUUAUUUGUAGAAAGGUUUUAAACUUAAUAAUCGUCUUUUAAUAGAAAAACAAAGGAUAUGGAUUUCCUGCAACUUUUAUUUACCACACAUAUAUACCAGUAUGCAAUUUACAUGUACCAUGAAAGCAUCAUGUUUAUAGAAGUAGUUAAGAUAUAGUGUCAUGCAUGACAUUAUUUCAUUUUUGAAAUAAUUGUUUAUAUUAAUGAAUUAUAGUCAAUGAUUUACCUCCAUAAGAUCAUAACAGGAUCAUGUUAAAGGAUGUGCUCUGCUGGAAUUUAAGUUCCAAAUAUUUGUGUUGAAAAGAGAUCUUCCGUCAACCUUCAAAUUCAAGUGAAGAAUAGCGAUUCAAUGAAUUUUUAAAAUUAAAAUCAGUAAUGAACGCUUCACCGUUCUGACAUGGUUAUUAUGUUUUUUAUUUCAAAAAAAUUCAAACAAAAAACAAAAUAAAGUCAAUAUUCGUGUACUCUGUGUGAUACGUCCUACCUUUCAUUUGUUCUUGAAUUCCUGUUAAAGAGGACCUCAAAAUUCUUUGAAUAUUUUUUGUAUAAAAAUAAGGAGAUGUGUUCUUGUGUCAGUUCUCGAUGUUUGCAAUUAAACAUUUUGUAAAACAUACGUUUGUUCUACCUACAAUGUAAUUAGAUAUAGUGUAAUUAAUGUUUUAUCAAAGAAAAAAGGGAAACAUUCUAAACAGGUGUAAUUUGGUGGGUUUCUUUUUUGCUCAAUCAAUAAUCGAGCUACAAACAAAAAAAAGCAUACUCGGUUGGAUGGUGAUGUCAUACUGGAUCUUAAAAUUUUUUUUAAAAAAAUUGGAAAAUAUUUAACUAAUGUAAACACUAUUUCGAAUCAGUGAUACAUUCAUGCGCGAUACACAUGAAUGGAAUCCUGGGUAUCCCAGAAAGUUGAAAUUGAAAAAAAAACUACAACAAAUGUUUUGAUGAAGAAUUAAAGGAUUAAACGAAUAUUUAGCUAGAGGUUGUUAGUGUGUAAACUGGGUUGCAGGCUCACAAACUUGAUUUAAAAGUCCGGAUGAUGGGCGGAUCAGUUUGUGAGUAAAUUGGUCCAGAUUACACAUCAAUAACCUCUAAGACAUGUGUAAUCUUAUAGAAAUAUUGAUCAAAAAGGUAGAAAGUAUAAAUAUUUUUUUUCACGUUUUUGAAUUGUUACAGCAGAGAUACUUACAAACACUCCUGACAAUAUAGUGUACUUUUUCUGUUAAUGUAAUAUGUUAUUAUCUAUUUUUUUAUGCAUGCAGUUCUCUUUAAUUGACAUACAUGUAAAAGAAAUACAAUCAUUAAAUUUUA